AUGAAUAAUCAUGAUUCCAGCUGCAAGGAUCUGAGCAGCGUUAUAGCAGACAGCGAGACCAUAGAAGAGAGCAUUCCUAAUUACGUCUUAUUAAAAUAUGUCCUUUAUGAGGCCCUCAAGCGAGUUGUAGAGGAGCUUCCCCGUAAGGGCCAGAUUAACCCAGCAACACGCUCGAUCUUGAUUCUUUCCAAGAUUAGAACUUUGCUGAGUUUUCUGAAGCAUCUUUUACCGAUAUACUCGACACACUCGCGAGAUAUUAUUUCCAAGGGCAAGCAACUUAUUCUUUCCCGGUGGGCUUCGUCCCAUGACCACUAUCGGGUUCUGCGCUCGGUGGAUGAGUUUCCAGUUACUUUCACUGAAGUACACGGCUUCUAUGACCCCAUUUACGCGGUUGACCGGGCAAUCGUCAUGCUCUCGGGGCCGCCCGGGACAAGAUUGACCCGGUGGCCAUUCUAUUCCACCCCCAUUAGUAUGUUGCAGGCAUCAAAGGAACGGUACAAAUCACUCAUACACGGACAAUAUAAGCGUGCCACAACCGAGGAAGUAGUUCGUUACAUGGUACGAGAGUUGAAGCCUGCGGGGAUGUCCUUGGCUGUAAGUGGCGCUAGGGUUGCCGUAAAAACAGACUUCUACCGGUGCGUUUUUGUUACUGAUAUAAACUUUUAUCUCAAUAGCGGGAUUGACUUUCUACCUAUGGAGCUUAUGAAGCUCCAGUUCUACCCGGCAGAGCUAGCACAGAAUACAAUAAUGAUAAGUUCUAUUACAGAGUGCAUACAGGAGAAGUUGCAGCGUGUACGUAAGAGUCUCGAGAUGACCUCUAUUCGUCCUACUGAUACGCGCUUCUACAUGGUCCACUCGAUUAUUUGUGACUUUAUUUCAUCAAGAGCUGCCUCGACGAUGGUGACACAGCUUGCCAUGUACAAGGCCUCCAAUCAGAACUCUGCUUUUCAAGCAAGGGCAAGCUUCUACCGGAGAGCUCCCAACGCUUACGGUGUUCAGCUACAAGAUGCGCUCCAUGAAAUCGCUGUUCCCUCGUUUCAUCAUUUCUUUGAUAAACAUAAACAUAGGCUAUUGCAGCCCUGCUUUGCUGUCAUUUUUCGUUUGACAGUAUGGAGCAAUUCGUUGAUUGAGAAGGUAUACGAACUUGGGGGCUGUAUGCUUGAGGACGUCGGCCUUUUCUAUCCACACAUAGACCUAAAGUAUAUGAUCGGUUAUUCUGUAGAUGAGGAUACCUCCUUGACUGCAGUAAAGAGCUUGGCAUUGGGUGUCGGGAAAGGAUCCCACCAAACAAUCGGUCACAUUCUUACCCUUUAUCAGCAGACAAAGCGGAAAGAUAACUAUGCUAUUUUCUUCUUCCGGCCUGUAUACACUUAUCCGUUUGGGCUUAUUCAGCUGCUUUCAGAUACACGUGUCAAGCACAGAAAAGGCCCAGACUUCGCCGAGUAUCUUGAUGUGACAAGAAUCCCAUACUACUCUACGGACAGUACGGACCUAUCUACACGCAGCCAAUCCAGCGUUUUUCUUUUUCGCUUCAUCAUGUCGUUACAUUCGCAGCUUUCUUCACAUAUCAACAUACCUCUCGUAGAUUUCUAUAAUCAUUUUAAGGUAAUAUUGGCUAACAAUACUUUCCUGGUAGAUGCCACCAGGGAAGGACUCCAGGCAGAAAUAUCUUCCGUUGAAAUUGUUCUCGAUGCAUCUCUCGGACUUGCCGUCUCUAUCAUAAGCCCUGGAGGUGAUGGACGCCUCCAGCUUACUUUCCAGAUAAAAGGGGCGGAUGUUACUAAAAUUGUUCAGCGUAUCUUUUCUGCAGCUAUCUACUCCUAUACGGAUACCAUUGUGGACUUCAUGUCAGAUUUUGCUAGGUACUUCUUUCUGAUAAGUGACUUGUCUGCAGGAAAUACGGAACCCCAUUUCUCCAAGUUGCAGUUCGAGGAACUGCAGGCGCAGCCGCAGGCUAAUAGGUAUCUGGUACUCGAGGGCAUAGAUCCAACAACAGUGUUUAGCCUUCCUCCCACGGAUACAACGAAGUCUCUUUACACUGAGAAGGUUUAUAAGGCGCUGCGAAAGUUUAACUACCUUCUUCGCACAUGCCGGUUUUCUAUGGAGAUACCCCACACACAGUAUUCGCUCUUUGGAGCCGACAUCAAGUCCUUUAAAACCAACGAGGGAGACUCCAUGAAUAGCUUGAACUCGUCGCUAUUUAUGUCCAUUGAAAACAUUUCUGAACAGUUGAAUUACUACCACGGAGGCUACUUUAUUCCAACUCCCAUUCCUCAUGCACAUGUGGCGGUGGCUAUGUGGGACAAAAGCGUUCGUUUUUACAGCGAAUUUCUGAAGGAAAGCAUGUCUGUUAAAAGCCCUAUUACAGAUAUGACCAUUCAACAGAAAGCAGAGUGCUGCGUCUUCGUGGCACUAGCCUACUCAUUACCAAACAUUAUCAGCCCUUCGGGCCUUCUAAGCGCCAAACCCUCAGGCGCAUGGGCAGGCUCUGUAAUCAAAUCCAUUCCAAUCAACUCUGCAUAUCUAAAGUAUCUCAGAUGCAAUCCUGCAUAUGAGUCUGACUUCUUAGCAACGUAUGCGUUUCUGAAUACCACUGUCACAACGUGUCGUGUCUCUGGGAGCGCUAUGUGCCUCUCCAAACUAUAUGGUAUAGUGGCUCAUAUCGACAGUUUGCUAUGGCACAGAGCGAUUGAGCGCCUUCUUCUAGGAUACAAUCCCUCGGUGAUUCUGGAGAGUAACAAGGCCUGCAGCGAGUGCAAACGGUUUCGUCAGUUUAUUCAGAGGACAUCAGCGCAUGGUGAUGUGAGUCAGGAGUCUGAACUAACAAUACAGUUGUUUACGCUAUUGCUUAACCGAUCGCCCUCAUAUUCUGCUCUUCCAUACAGACUUCGUAUCGUCUAUCGGACACUGCCUAACUCAACUGAAGGAGCGUUUUCUGCCAAAGGUUCAAGUGUACUUAAUACUAUGCUUAUUCCACAACUACGACAGUGUAAGGCAUGCAACUGUGAUCUAAAAAACCCAUGUCGUAGCAAGGCUGCUUCUGCACUUGAGCUGCAUCUUAUUCUAUACACUACCCCACCAGAUGAAGCCAAUCCCGAUUCAACUGGAGAAGUGGAGCGGUCAAUUGCUAUUUAUAAUGGGCGGGCCAGCUACAGCCUUGUCUCAAGAGCACUUCUGACAAUCGCACCGACCAUUUGCUGUCAACUCUUUGCAAAGGCGAUGAUCGACAACCUCCCUCUGCACAUCUAUUUACAGCGUAGUGAGAAGGCUCUUCAGACACAGAGUUCCAUGCAGCGUCAACGGGCCACCGAGGUAGACUUUCGGGCGUUCACGCGACGAGACCUUGUCCUUUUGUUAUUCAAUCUGCGAAACUAUAUUAUGAAAACUCGUGAGCUUCAAUUUAAUUAUCAGUCAUUCAUUAGUUACAUACUAGAUCCAGAUGUCAUACCGACCAACGUUAAACUUAACGGAUGCACCCCAGAGCAGCAUAAGAUGUUUAUCAAGCUGAUUGCUCUCCAUCAGGACUUUGUGUCUAAGCGGAGCUUGCGACGGUGCAUCUAUUCAUUUAAGCUUCCAGGACAAAAGAUUCCAUUGAUACCAUUCAUUCCUUCGCAGAGGCUGUUUGGACAUCAGGGAGCAGGAUCGGAGCACUCCCUAUCUGCAUCUGAUCAUCGUGUGCGAGAGCUAUCCUAUCUUAAUUUCAUGCCAGGUAGUCAACUCAAGCAGCAAGCAAAGAUUUGGAGCGACAACAAAGUAAGCGCUUCCCAAGGUCUACAAGAGUCUUUAGUCAAAGUGCCAGGCCUGCCACUUGAGCAUUAUUAUAACAUCGUCGAAGAAGAGGAGGCCAUCGUCAUCUUUACUGCAACCAGUCUUGCACACUUGAUAACGCAGCACUCCUAUCGCCUUGACGAUGCCUGGAGUAAGACUGAUAAUAGGAGCGACAAGAGGUCCAAACCUCAGCAGAUAUACACCCAUACUUUAGAAUUCCCCGGGGGAUACCUUAAUCCGGAACAGCUUUCAUGCUUUUUAUUGCGUGAGCCGUCUAAUAAAGGAUUGGGACCUGAGCACAAUAAGCAAACACGGCAGCUACUCAAUUGCCUCUUUGGGAGAGUGUAUGAAAAUGCACGGCUUCUUGGUGUUAUCUUUCGCAUGGCGUACAUGCCUACCACAUUCUUUGAAAACAGGCUCUUGCUUGAGCCGUUGGAUACAUAUGCAACUACUGAGCCUCACUGCAUAAAGCUUGCCGGCAUGGAGAGGGAGUUUGUUGCAACGACAACCAUAGAGGCUACAGAUUCGCUAAGGGCACGGAUUAGUACUCAGCGAGAGACCUUUGAGCGGGCUUGGCCGCAGAGCCAGGAAAGCAAAUAUCAGCCUGACAAGAGCGCCACGUCCCACGUUAAGCUAACCGAUUCUCUCUCGCCAAUGGUGGUCUCUGGCGCCCUGCACUACAAGAGAAUCACCAAUACCAUGGCCAAGCAGACGCAGGUUGAUCCACUACCCGGUCACACAGGGCUCCUUCACCUGAGUGUACGAAUGCUAUGCUAUACUAAUCCGUCUGUUUUGCAAAAUGGUCCACAAAGCUUUUACAUUCUCUUUGAUCUCAAUCCUCCGUCCAUCUAUACACAGCUGACUGCGGUUGAGGAGCCCUCUGGCUAUGACUAUAUAGGGGACACUACAUCGUUUCCUGAAACGGUGCACCUGUGGUUGGCACGCUCAGGUGGCGAUGGCAUACCGGUGUUUGCUCCCAGACACUUGCGGUACAAGCUAGCAUUCGAUGCCCCUGCAUUUCGGUACGUUAAAGCGUACUCUAAUGGAGUGGGCCAUUAUCUUAUGCGAUACUACAACAACGAAGUUCUGCCAGUUAUCUCCCUAGGAAGCCUGUACAAGCAGUUCGAUGAAGCCCUUGUUCCCUACUUUAACUGUAAUUUGAUUGGAUCCACUUCACUGGAUGACCAACGGCGUCUUGUAGCUGACAUUCGCAUGAAGAAAGCCUUUAGAGUUUGCCUAGGCCUUUUAGAUUUAUCAGAGAAGGGCGACUUGCUUACUCUUCUCCGCACAUUUACCCUAGAGAAGGAGCGUAUGCAGGCGAUAGCCAAAAACGACCAGGUUUCUUUCUCCCUCAUCCAGAGCAAUGGGCGUAUUAAGCCAAUUUUCGCGAGAAUGUAUGCACGCAUGCACAGCCUUUUGAAGUCAUACCACGAUACGCUGCCAACCAGACAAACUGUAAUAGCCAAGACAUGUAACGUCUUGCUAAAUCUCCUUUGUGGCGUGACAAAUACCUCGUCAAAAUUAAACCAGAUCAGUCCAGGAGUCAGCGUAGAGGACGUCCUCUCGAUUGUCAUGACGGUUGAGAUUGCUCCUCGCUACUGGCUGUCUGACCUCUGCUAUGAGUCAUUGGACAAAGAACUAGCGAUGUAUCUCUUGCAGAAGUACUCUCGAAUCAACCUGCAGUAUCUUUCAAUCCACUCUCUCAUAAUGUUAACCACAAUUAACACUGUAAUCUGCCAACGAGCUCUUCUCCAGUUCAUGCAACACACAUUUGAUGCCUUUCUUGACCGCGUAUCCUCGAAGCAGAUCGUUUCAACCAACAAUGCACCUUAUUUCAUCAAUUCUAGCAACAUAAGCUUGCUUGCAGCCAAGUCUAUCUCCGUGUACGGUGUCUCCUCGUUUCCAGAGGUCACUGGCUCAUUUAAACUGGAGGGGCGGCCUGUUCACAAUGUGGACAGGGCUCGUGACUUCCCUCCGUUAUGUACUAUACUUCGCACUCUUCAGUUGACUGACAUAAUCUCAAGGAGGAGCAUGCGCCUAGAGCUGUUGUCCUAUUCCAUGCUAAUUGUUCGAGACGGAGCAGAGAAGAUGACAGGCCAGCACCAAAGCGUCUCUUUGGGCAUGCCGCAGCAAGAUACUAGGCUCUUCCUUCCAAUCUAUAUUGAUAGAGAUCCAAGUGUCAAUAGGAAUUUACUACAAUACUAUAAAACAAUUAGGUAUGGCAAGUAUGUAAUUAUCUAUUCUCUGGAUGGAAAAUUUAUAGGACGGAUUGUCCAGUGA